AUGAUGCUGUUCUGCCCCAACUGCGGCACCCUGCUGGCCUUGGACGAGGGUGCUCAGUGCAUGCGAUUCUCCUGCCUGACCUGCCCGUACAUCUAUAACGUGGUGCAGAAGGUGACCAGCCGCAUCUACCCCCGUCUCAAAGAGGUGGACGACGUGCUAGGAGGGGCCGCGGCCUGGGACAACGUCGACUCGACGGAGGAGCGCUGUCCCGCGUGUGCCCACCCGCGAGCCUACUUCAUGCAGAUACAGACUCGCUCGGCUGACGAGCCUAUGACCACAUUUUACAAGUGCUGCAAUCACGAGUGUGGCCACCGCUGGAGGGAGUGACUUCAUAAACUUUAUAAUGGUUUACCUAUGCGUUUGAGUUUCCAUAGCUUUCCUGCAGAAAACAUUGGGUAUUGUGAUUUUGAAAAUUGAAUAUGCUUAUGUUAUCAAAGUGUUUUACGUUUGCAACAUUGUAUCUCAAUGUUUGUCUUUGAAGGAUUUUGUUUUGAACAAAUAGAAUUUCCAUAUAACAAGUGAAAAUUCUAGUUGAUCAUGUUUUGUAAAGAAGUGAAGGUAAAUUCAAAAAUAAUACAAUAAAUUUGUACUCAAAUCAUUAA